UCUUUGCCUGCCUCUCUUCAGACUGACGAUGGCUGAAGCCCAGCUGUGUGGAUUACAGGACGAGUUCACCUGCUUUUUGUGUCAGGGCUUCCUGACUGACCCUGUCACCAUCCCCUGUGGACAUAAUUUCUGUCUAAAAUGCUUAACUAACUACUGGGAUCAGAGUCAAGAGUGCAGCUGUCCUCAGUGCAGAGAGAACUUCACCACAAGGCCUGCUCUGCGAAGAAACACUCUGCUGAAUGAAGUCAUCAAGAAAUUAAAGGACAAAGCAAUUACACCACCUCCUCCUCCAUCUAAGAAUUAUGCUGGCCCUGGAGAUGUGGAGUGUGACUUCAGUACUGGGGAGAAGUUCAGAGCGGUGAAGUCCUGUCUAACCUGCCCAUCCUCCUACUGUCAGACUCACCUGCAGCCUCUCUAUGAAGGAGACGCCUUGAAGCACCACAUGUUGGUUGAUCCUGAUAGAAAUCUGAAGGAGAAACUCUGUGAGAAACAUCAGAAAAGUCUAGAAAUAUUUUGUAAAACUGAUGAUUUGUGCAUCUGCAUGAUAUGUGUGGUGACUGGACAUAAAAAUCAUGAAAUGGUCGAGCUGGAGUCAGAAAGAGAAGACAAACAGAAACAGACACUGAGUCACAUCAAGAGGAGACUUAAGGAGAGAGAGAAGACACUGAAGGAGACGAGGAGGGCGAUGGACGAGAUGAAGAUGUCUGUGAAAAGAAACGUGGAAGAAAAUAAGAAGAGCUUCACUGCUCUGAUACGGUGCAUUGAAGAAGCUGACAGGAAACUGACUGAGAGGAUCAGAGAACAAGAAAAGAGAGAAAUGGAGAAGGCUGAAGGAGUCAUGGAGCAACUGGAGAAGGAGAUUGAGGAGCUGAAGAGGAGAGAAGCUGAGCUGAAGGAGCUUUCAGAGACCAAGGACCAUCUCCACUUCUUGCAGACUUUCUCAUCUCGCUGUGUCCUUCCUUCUGAUGGAGACUCGCUGAGCUUCACUGUCAUGACUGAUUUCUCAUCUGAGAACCUGAGAAAGGAACUGUCAGGUCUGACAAAGAGUCUGGAGAGGAUCAGCCAGGGGGACAUCAUGACAAGGUCCCCAUCAGGAGCUCCACACCUUAAACCACCUGAGCUGGACACACUGCAUGGACACCAGCGUGUAAAACUGAACACGAGCGGAGGGGCCCAUAUUGAUGAUUAUAUGGCUACACGUGUGCCAGGACUCACCGCGCCUCACAGCACUCACCUGCUACGCGUCCCCACGUUCCUGUGGCAGCGCCUUCAACACACAAACGCUCAUGAAGCUCCAGUUUUCACCCUCCAGCCUCCGAGCUCCAAAUCUACCAAGUCAGAUUCCUGCACAUGA